AAAAUUUACUUCUAAAAAAAAAUAUUCCGAUAAGAUUAGUUAAUUUAUUUAUUUAUAAAUCGCGGGCACAAGCUCUAUAUUUGUACAAUGAAGAGAAGUAUUAGUAAUAAAGAAUGACAGAUAUACGACAAAGAAAACAAAUAAAAGAAAUAUAAAUAUAUAAGAAAAAAGACGAACAAAGCAAGUUAUACUAUAGUAACACGUUAAGAGUCAAAUAAUUGCAACGCUGAUCGCCUGAACUUAUAGUAAGAUCUAGAGAAGAUAUCGACUCGUUCAAAAAUACUUCAAUACCUGCAUAGUUCGGGAACUCUGAGAUCGUUGGAAAAAAGGAGUCAACUCGGAAGACCGCGGUAUAAAGAACAAGCAUUGGAAUUACUAAGUGGAAGUAACUGAAGGACUGUCAAUGUAAUUAUUAAUGAUUUUAAAUAAAAAGAAAACAAAAAUGCCAGCAACUUCCGCUUCUUCAGUGUGCUUCUAAAAAUUAAUUUUAUUAUUUACAGCUAGAUAUCGUUAAUAUGUAUAACUUUCACUAAUAUUAAUAAAUUAUUCUACUCAUGAUGCGCGUAUAAUGGUUGAGCUGUAUUUAAAUUGUAUAAGAUUGCUUUUAAAUACCCCUCUUCGUAUCUCCUCUUCGGUCUUUCAUUUUGCGGACAGAAGAUAACCGUAUUAAGCUGUAUCAUAAAACUGUUAUUCAACAAGUUUUAACCGAAGAUACAACUUAAGGCUGUUAUCUUCUGUACGCAAAAUGAAAAAUCGUUGGAUACGAAGAGGGGUAUUUAAAAGCCGUUUGCAGGCUGGACCACGGCCAGUUUUGCGUGCACAACAGAACAGCAAAUUUCUCCAGAUGUAAGUAUGUUUUCCACGGUGGUGUUAUGUAUAAUACUACUCUUACUGCUACUAUAUCUAGGAUCGCGGAAACCGAAAGGAUACCCACCAGGUCCAAAAUGGUGGCCAAUUUUGGGCUGCGCCAUCGAACUGACUCGUCUUCGCAAGAAAACUGGUUACAUGUUCAAGACCUGUUUCACUUUAUGUAAGAAAUAUGGGCCGGUGGUCGGUCUGAAAGUCGGCGUGGACCGUAUCGUCAUACUAAAUGAUUAUGAGAGCAUUCGGACAAUGUUCGCUAAUGAAGAUUGCGAUGGAAGACCGCUUGGUCUACUUUACGAUGUGCGAACUUCCGGUUGUAGGAGAGGAUUAAUUCUCGUGGAUGGAAAUUUGUGGAUCGAGCAAAGAAGAUUCGUGUUGAAACAUCUCCGUGACCUCGGCUUCGGUCGGCAAGACAUGGCUGUAAUAAUACAAGAAGAGUGCCGAUCGCUCGUUGAACACAUCAAAAAGUUAAUCAACGACGAACAUAAUAAUCGAAUUAACGAAUCUAAAAUGUAUUGCAACAAUAACGAGUAUGACAAUGGACAGAUAUAUCGAUUAAUUGAAAAAGAUAAGGCGAACGAGUCAGAAUUAAUGGAGAAGCAUAGAACGAGUGAAAAGCAAGUAAAAGCCUCGGAUUUGUACGUAAAUGCUUACGAAUACGUGGAAACCAAGAUGGCUCAAUCCCAUCCUGGAACGAUAAUUCCAAUGACCGACGUGUUUGGAAUUACAGUACUCAAUACUUUGUGGAGAAUGAUAGCUGGUAAAAGGUUUAAUAUCGGUGACGAGGAGCUAACUUAUUUCCAACGGAUCCUGACACAGGCUUUAACGAAAAUCGAUAUGUUAGGAGCACCGUUUGGUCAUUUUCCGCUACUGAGAUUUAUCGCGCCAGAAAUGUCCGGUUACAAAUCGUUCGUGGAGGUUCAUCGACAACUUUGGGAGUACUUGAAGGAUGAACUGGAUACUCAUAAGAACGACUUUGCACCAGACUCGCCGCGAGAUUUAAUGGACGUAUAUCUAACUGUUUUGAACUCUAAAAAUUAUAACAACACGUUUUCAGAAUCUCAAUUGCUUGCCAUUUGUAUGGAUUUAUUUACAGCAGGUUCAGAAACUACGUCCAAAGGUCUUUGCUUUUGUUUUUUAUAUUUAGUGCUAUUCCCGAAAGUACAGAAAAAGGCACACGAAGAAAUAGAUAGAGUAAUUGGACGUAACAGACUUCCAACUCUAGAAGAUCGGACGAGAAUGACAUAUAUGAACGCCAUCGUCUUGGAAUCAUUGAGAUUCUUCGCAGGACGAACGUUAAAUGUCCCACAUAGAGCACAAAGAGAUACUACGAUAUUGGGUCAUACGAUACCAAAAAAUACGAUGCUUUUGGUAAAUUUCAAUAGAGUAUUAAUGGAUGAAUCAUGGGGCGAUCCCGAAAACUUCCGACCAGAAAGAUUUAUAGACGAAAGUGGUAAUAUCAUUACGCCACCCACGUACUUGCCAUUUGGCUUGGGCAGACGUCGUUGUAUGGGGGAGAAUUUAGCUAGAAGCAAUACAUUUAUUAUAGCUACUACUCUGUUACAAGCAUUCACAUUUUCCACAGUACCUGGAGAAGAACCAUCGACAGAAGAUUUUGUCGAUGGAGUCACCAUUAGUCCUAAACCAUUCAGGGUAAUGGUUUCUUUAAGGACGUAAUUAAGUACGAAAGCGUUUAAAAUAAUUUCACUCAAAAGUAAUGGCAAUUUUUAAUCGACUUAAUCCUUAUACGGUUUAAUUGAUAUCAAAAGAUUAUAAUGAAAAUAAUAUCUUUGUUAAUCUAAACUUAUAAUGCAGUAUAUGUAGCAAAUAGCGUACAGUAAUUACAAUAGUCCUAAGUAAGCGUAUAUUUUAAUGUUCAAAAAAAUAUAUUUUAUUUUAUAUGAAAAU